ACAACAAAUUUGGUUAUUAGGGGCGGACCUAUUACCGGCGGGAAAGGUCCGCCCCUAAUAAUAAGGUUAUUACCGGCGGAUGUGGGGGCCCGCCGGUAUUAUUCCAAUUUUUCAGAUUUUUGUUUUUUUUAAAUAAAUAAAAUAAUAAUUAGCGGCGGGCAUUUGGUAAUACCGGCGGACAGCCCGCCGCUAAUUUGAAGUUAUAUGAUAAGUGCGGGAAAAACUGGGGGGUUAAUUCAAAAUUUAUUAGCGGCGGACCAAUACCGGCGGGGUCCGCCGCUAUUAUUAUUUGCGGCGGACCAAUACCGGCGGGGGUCCGCCGCUAAUUAUACCAAUACCGGCGGGUUAAUUAAUACCGGCGGGCCCCGCCGGUAAUAAUUUGUCUAUAAAAAAAAACCCCAACCCAGAUACCCCAUUUUCCCACUUCUCACAAUUUCUAUCAGCCAUUUUGCCCCCUUCUCUCUCGGUUUGCAGCAAGGUUUCUGCUCCACCACCGGUUGUUCCACCACCGGUUGUUCCACCACCGCUGUUCCACCACCGGCUGUUCCACCACUGCUUCAGGUAAUUAUUUUUCCCUUUACAUUUUUACUUUCUACAUUUCUACAAAUUUAUUUUUUUUUUUCUGGUUGCAUAUUUUUUUUUGGGUUCCUCUCUCGGUUGCACUGUGGCAGUGGACCUCUUCGCACCAUCACCGUCGCAUCACCGUCACCGUCGGUUCUUAUUUUCAAAUAACUAUGGAUAAAUCUUGGACUUCUUGGAGAAAACGUGGUAAAGAAUAUUGGGAGUGUCUACAAGCAUUUUUGGCAAUGGCUUCAGCAUAUAAAAAUUCUGAUGGAAAAAUUAGGUGUCCGUGUGUUAGAUGCUUAAAUACUCGAUUUGAGCCUUUAAAUAUUGUAGAAGCCCAUAUAUUUGAUUGGGGUUUUGAUAAUGGUUAUCAAAAGUGGAUUUAUCACGGGGAGCCAGAAGUAGAAGUGCCACGAAAUGAAGUUUCACGAAAUGAAGUUCUUGAGUCAAUUUUAGAUGAUGAAGAUGACGAGAUGAUUCCCAUCAUUGAAGAUUUUAUUCGACCAACAACUGAAGAAGCUCAAACCAACCCCGACUCUUUUCAGUAUUAUGAUGACUUAUUUGAAGAGAUUGAAGCUGAAUUGUACCCUGGAUGCCAUUGGAUUUCUUCACUUAACUUUCUGGCAAAGUUAUUGCAUCUGAAAGUUCGUGGAAAAAUACCUAUUAGCGUAUUUGAUGAAUUAUUGAAAUUGUUGAACCUUGCUUUUCCAAAAGGAAAUAAAGUUCCAUCAACAUACUACGAGGCUAAAAAGAGACUGAAAAAACUAGGGUUGGGGUAUGAGUCAAUUCAUGUGUGUGAGCAUGAUUGCUGCUUAUUCUAUAAAGAGCAUGCAACCAAAGAUGCUUGUCCAAUUUGUGGAAGUAGUCGAUGGAUUACUUCAACAAAAACUAAUGGAAAAAAAGUGCCCCGUAAAGUGUUGCGCUAUUUUCCCUUGACACCAAGGUUGAAAAGAUUAUAUGGUUCAAGACAUACAGCAAAAUAUAUGGUAUGGCAUCAUACUGGAAAAUCUAAGGAUGAAGGACUGAUGCGUCAUCCGGUUGAUGGAUUAGCUUGGAAGGACUUUGAUGCUAAACAUCCUAAUUUUGCCAGUGAACCUAGAAAUGUUCGCUUAGGUUUAGCUGCUGAUGGGUUUAAUCCAUUUGGCAACAUGAGCCUAGCUUACAGUAUGUGGCCUGUUGUGUUAGCGAACUAUAAUCUUCCACCUUGGAUGUGCAUGAAAGACAAUAAUUUCAUGUUGGCUCUACUUAUUCCUGGACCAAAAUCUCCAGGUAAAGACAUGGAUGUAUUUUUGAGACCGUUGGUGGAUGAGCUGAAAGAGUUGUGGGUUGAUGGAGUUGAUACGAGAGAUUGUACGACAAACACUAUGUUCAAAUUGCGUGCAGCCCUUUUAUGGACUGUUAAUGAUUUUCCUGCUCGAAGUAGUUUGUCUGGUUGGAGUGGUCAAGGAUACAAAGCUUGUCCAACAUGUAACGAAGACACUACUUCAAUACGAGUAAUUGGCAAGACAUCUUAUGUAGGUCACAGAAGAUUCUUGCCCAGUAAUCAUCGAUUUAGAAGGGACACCAACUUUGAUGGAGAAAUUGAAAGAAGACAUCCACCGAGACGUUUUACUUGUGAGGAAAUUCUGGAACAAGUAAACAAACUUGUGCCACAAAUUCCAGGCAAACAUGAGCAAUUUGGAGGUGUGAAACGCAGACGUAUUGCAGAAGAUCAAAAUUGGAGGAAAAAAAGUAUCUUCUAUGAGCUUGAGUAUUGGUGUACAAAUACUUUGAAACACAAUAUUGAUGUGAUGCACGUUGAGAAGAAUGUGUGUGACAGUCUGUUGGGCACAAUCUUGGACAACGAUAAAUCGAAAGACACAACUAACGCGAGACAUGAUUUGAAGAAAUUAGGAAUAAGGGAAUGGUUGUGGAUUUAUGAAGAUGAUAAUGGCAAGUUAAUGAAGCCACACGCCCCGUAUGUCCUCAAAGCUGACGAAAAAUUGAAAUUCUGUCAAUUUAUCAAGGACGUGAAGUUUCCUGAUGGAUUUUGCUCAAAUUUGAAGAAGAAAGUGAGCAAUGAUUUAUCAAAUGUUCUUGGAUUGAAGUCUCACGAUUGUCAUGUAAUUAUACAAAGAUUAUUGGCAAUUGGUGUUCGUAAGUUUCUCCCUAAAAAUAUAUCGACAACUAUUGCUGAAUUAUGCAACUUUUUUAGGCAAGUAUGUUCUAGAACCAUAAACUUUAAAGAUAUGGAGGAAGCACAAAAAGACCUAAUUUUGAUAUUGUGUAAGUUGGAGUUGAUUUUCCCUCCAGCUUUUUUUGAUAUCAUGAUUCAUUUGGUCUUACAUUUGCCUGAAGAAGCAAUUUUGGGUGGACCUGUGUUUAUGAGAUGGAUGUACCCUUUUGAGAGGUACAUGAAAAAAUUGAAGAAUUAUGUUGGAAAUAAAGCUCGUCCCGAAGGGUCAAUAGCUGAAAGCUAUGUUGCAGAUGAGGCAUUGACGUUUUGCUCUAUGUAUUUUAAGGGGGUAGAAACCAAAUUUAAUCGACUUGAUCGCAAUGAAGAUGAAGUGAUUCCUAGAAUUCUUACCGUCUUCCAAUCACAAUGUCAUCCCUUAACAAGAGCAAAUAUAAUGCCUCUAGAUAGAAAGACUCGUGAAAAUGCUGAGUGGUUCAUCUUUGACAAUUCACCUGAAAUAAGACCAUAUUUAGAGUAAGUUUUUCCUUUAUUAAUCUAUAUUUAGUCUUAUUCUACAUAGUCUUAUUUAACAUUUAACGUAAUGAUGUUAUAUAACUUACAGUGAACACUUAGAAGAGAUAAAACUUCAGUACCCAGAUGGAGAUCAUAACAUCUUACACAAAAAAUUUUUCCAACGAUGGUUUCAUAAGAAGGUGAUAUGAGCCUAUGAAUUAUGAUUUUACCAUUAUCAUGAUUAAUUAUGAGUCAUUCUAAUAUAAUCUUGUUCAUUUAGAUAUAUGAUUUACACAAGCUUGGAUCAUUAGAGAAUGGUGAAGAGUUGCUAGCUUUAGCAUGUGGUUCAGAUCACUUAGUAACAUAUUAUGAAGGUGUUGUAGUGAAUGGCGUUCGUUACAUGGUAGCUGAACGUGAUAAGAAGCGUACUACUCAAAAUAGCGGUGUCUCUGUGGCGGGAACAGAAGGAUUCAAUUAUUAUGGAACCCUAGAAGAUGUGAUGAUGUUCACUUUUUGUGGUGUG